AUGAGGACUCUCAAACUUCAGCUCGACUACGUUCUGAAGAGGAACAUUCCUCAGUCAGAUAUCCGAAAAUCUAGAGCUGUUUGGGACGUCGCGUUCGACUCUGACCACCGUCCAGUUCUUCUCAGUUUCAAGAUACGGUUCCACAAGAGAAACCGAGGAGUUUCUCUUCAACCGAAAAUCGACAUGGUAGGUUUGAAAGACGAUGAAUGCAGAAGAAAAUUCCGCCAACGUGUGUCUAUUCAUGUUGGAGUCCGGACCAGGAAGAAGCUUAGCGAUGCGGAUUCAUUCACAAAGUGCAUCCAGGACGCUGCAAGGGAAACGCUCCCGGUUCUAUUGCCGCGGAAGAAGUUUGCCUUUGCAUCUGCGGAAACAAAAUCCACAUACAAUUCUGUAUGUGUCGCGCGCAGCGCUGGUGACUUCAACCAGGAAAAGCGUCUUAGAAGGAAGCUGCGUCGUCAACUGCAACAAGACCGCGAUAACGAGUGGACGUCAAGAGCGAUGGAGUUUGAGAAGGCGUGGGAGGACAGGAACCCGCGGAAGGCCUACGCUCUACUAAAACAAUAUAGCGGCAAAAUGAAAAGAUGUUCCCCUGUCCUCAACACUGCCAAUGGGGUAGCUGUCGGUGAAGCAACCCUUCCAAUUUGGAAGGAACACUUCAAGGCCUUGCUGAACCGGCUAGCACCGUCAGCCCCUGAACUCGAACACGUUCAUAGACCGACAUACGCGGUUAACGAGGAGCCACCGACCGUGUCGGAGGUCCUAGUCUGUAUUCAAAAAAUGAAGAAUGGAAAAUCUGGCGGAGACGACGGGAUUAGCGCAGAAACGCUAAAAUAUCUUCCUCCGUCUGGGAUUCGUGAGAUGAUAAAGAUCAUCCGUUCAAUAUGGAUAGACGAAAGGAUACCUGAUUCGUGGAGACACGCUAUCAUAAUUCCCCUCCACAAGAAGUUAUCCCUCACGGACCCCAGGAAUUAUCGAGGAAUCUCUUUGCUGCGUGUUAUGUACAAGGUAUUGGAACGCAUUAUCCUGGACCGACUCAUUAAACAUCGCGAAGAAACAACACGCGACGAGCAAGCUGGCUUUCGUCCUGGACGAUCUAUGAUUGACCAGGUGCUCAUCGUCAGGAGAGUGAUCGAAAUCUGGCAGCGGUAUUCGAAGCCAAUGCAACUAGCGUUUCUGGACUUUGAAGCCGCGUUCGACUCUCCUCACCGAGGCCGUCUUCUCAACGCACUGAGCGCCGAUGGAGUACCAGGAAAGUUCGUUCGCUUGCUUGAUGACAUGAAUCAACGAGCAACUGCUGCAGUUCGAACACCAGCCGGAUGUACAACACCGUUUGAAGUGGUAACUGGAGUAAGACAAGGGGCAGUGGCAGGACCUUUCCUGUUCAAUUUCGCAGUCGACGACAUUAUGCGAAGAACAGUCAACCAGUGUCCUGCCGACAUUGUCUUAGCACCAUCUGGGUGCCCCUUGACUGACCUCGAGUACGCCGACGAUGUUGUUAUAUUCGCGGAAAGCAGUACGAAACUUCAACAUGUUGUCAACCUUGUAUCGAAGCUGGCUGCAGCCUAUGGAUUAAGCCUACGCCCUGAUAAAUGCAAGCAGAUGUGGAUAUCUUCGAGACCUCGAACGGGAAUCAGGGUGGACGGACAACCGAUAGAACUCGUCGAUGGGUUCUGUUACCUAGGCUGUACGCUGAAGAACAAUGGCAGCUACGAGAGAGAUGUUCAGCAAAGAUGCGCUAAGGCCACUUCUGCAUUUAACUCCUUAACGAAAUGUCUGUGGUCGACCCCCAUCACCAACGAAGUCAAGCUGCGAGUCUACCUAUCCGCAAUUCGCCCCAUCAUGAUGCACGGAUCGGAGACUUGGGCAGCACCAUCAACGGUUAUGGAGAGGCUUGACUGCACGGAACGAAAGCUGCUUAGACGGCUACUUUGCUACUUUUGGCCUAGAGUAUGCCACAAUGAAGAUCUUUACGCAGAAAUUAAUGUGGUUUACCGGCGGAUGACACGUGGAAGAUAUCAACAUCUUGCACCGCCUUCGAAAGCGGCUAAAGUAAAUCGUCUUCGCUUCUUUGGUCAUAUAUUAAGGAGACCGGCAGAUCGCCUUGUCCAACGAGUUCUGAAGAGUUCGCCGGGUUCGAGCUGGAAGAAGCCACCUGGCCGAAAACGGAAGUUCUGGACUGGUAAAGAGAGAACAUGGAAUAGCGAUGAAUGGAUUGAUUCUGUGCAAGCUCUCGCAGAAGAUCGAGAAGGUUGGGCAGAGCUGUGUUCAAGGACGGCACACUUCGGCGAAGAUGCGGGUAGUUUCAAUACUAAUAUUGGACGAUCCGCUUUCUCUUAUCAUAAAAAGGCGUUUUUGAGAACUGAUAUCGUUUGGAGAUCUACAUCGUUGGAUCGAUUGUACCAUGUUAUUUUCAACAUUCUCACUCAGCUGAUGCUUGGGAUUCCACUUGAACUCGUUCACCAGUGGCGAGUUAUUGCCGUCUAUCUAGCAGGAGUUCUUUCCGGAUCCUUACUCGUUACGGCAGUGGAUCCUCACGUGUUCCUCGCAGGAGCCUCGGGUGGGGUUUACGCCCUUCUUGCUGCUCAUCUUGCGGAGCUUGUAAUGAACUGGUCUGAGAUGGAGUUCAAUUGGGUGCGCGCCAUCAUUCUAACCGUGCUCAUAGGAUCCGAUGCCGCAGUGGCCAUAUUCCAGCGAUACUUCGUCAGCAAAACAGACAAGGUGUCUUAUGUUUCCCACAUCGGUGGUUUCGUGGCAGGCGCACUCCUGGGUAUCGUAAUACUUCGAAAUUUUCGCCGACAUCGAUGGGAGGGCAAACUCUGGUGGACCGCUCUUGCCGCGUACACCUUCUUCAUUGCCACCUGCAUUGUUUUGAUUGUUGCUCCCGAUAUCACAAGGUUUUGA